ACUUUAGCCAUAUAUAAAAUUAGUAACAAAAUAGAGACGAUAUUCUUAAUGUCUGUCACUGAGAACAAAGCGCCCACUUUUGGCACUUCUGCCGAUCCAAGGGUUGACUUCUUCUUCCAUAUCAUAGAAGACGCACAAAAAGACAAGACAUUAGAUCUGCUGAUAAAGUCAUGGGAUUGCCAUUCGUUGGAUACUUUGAAACUGAUGGCUCAUAUGAGGGAUUGUCGUAAUGGGAAAGGCAUUCGCAGACAAUAUCACAUGUGUUUGGUUUGGCUUUUCAACAAUCAGUUCCCAACACUAAUGGCUAAUCUUAAAGAAUUGGUUUCAUUUGGUUAUUGGAAAGAUUUGCUUAAUUUGCUUAUGAUUUUACUGUUUGACGGACACAUUCCCGAGUAUAUGGCCAAAGAUGAUGGAAAAAGAAGUAAAAGAUCCGUUAGUCAAAUGUCGAAACAGAAUAACAAAUCCGUAUUUCCAUUGUAUGAUAGACUGGUUUUGAGAGGUCUUAGAAAAGAAAGACAAAAACUAAAGAAAGAGAUGAAAGUUGUCAUCAAAAAGACUAAAUUUGAUGAAUCGUUAACUGAAAUUCAAACAAAAAACGAUGAAUCGGCUGAUUAUAAAAUGACACCAACUGUGCCAACCAGAGCACAGGCUCUGCAAAUGAGUCGAAAGAUUUUUUUGCAACAACGCUACCAAACGGAUGACAAAUAUAGCAAAGUUUAUGAUAAAAUUGUUGAUUUAUUUGCUAAUCAAUUGAAGAUUGAUUUGGAGAAAAUGGCAAAAGAUAUUAAAUCAAUAUCAUUGGCCGGGAAGUGGGCGCCAACUAAUGCCCAUCACUUCGAUAAAUAUCUUUCAAUUAGUUUACCGAUUGGCAAACGUUUGUGUCAACUGACGAAUAAACUCGAAUUGAAAGACAAACCGAAAGAUAUUUCAGAGUUUUAUCAGAAGGAAGUUUGUGCUCCGAUUCGCAAAUAUCUAAAGAUUCCCGAAGUCUUUAUGGCUUCAAAUCAGUGGUCAGACAUCGACUAUAGUCGAGUCGCUUCCAAAUGUAUGCAAAAGAAUAAGUCUGUGUUUAUUAAAUACGAUAAACAAAGAUUUGAAGAAUACUUAAAAUCAAAGGAAACCAUUGCCGGUGCUGUUCUUAAACCCGUCGAACUCGUGGAUAGGGGUCGGGAGUACAUGAAUAUUGGUUUCAACAAAGAAGAAGAUAAUAUUGAACAACAAGUAAUUGAAAAACAAUGGCUUAGUCUUUGUGAAGACAUUAAAAAGAAAGGUGGAGGUCUCUUUGAUAAUGCCAUUGCUGUUUGUGAUGUCAGCGGAUCCAUGAAUGGCACACCAAUGGAUGCGGCCAUUGGUCUCACACUUCUAGUAAUGUAUUUAUCGGCCGAACCGUGGAAUUCACUCUGUAUUACAUUCUCUGAGAAAUCAGAAUUUCAUUUCGUUGACAAAGACAAGACAUUUAUUGAGAAAUUGUCAUCACUUCAGACAAUGAAUUGGGGAUAUAAUACAAACUUUAACUCAGUUUUCAAUUUGAUUUUAAACAAAGCGGUCGAACAGCGCCUCACAAACGAUCAGUUGCCUAAAGUGUUGAUUGUGUUCACAGACAUGGAGUUUGAUGUAGCCUUUCGUGACGCUAAUCAAACUAACUAUGAAAUGGCCAAAAAACAGUUUGAAAAAAGAGGCUAUAAAUUGCCUCCAAUUAUAUUCUGGAAUCUCAGGUCAGAUAAGACAUCGAUGUCAACACCCGUCCAAAUGAACGAAAUGGGAACCGCAUUACUGUCCGGAUAUUCGGGUCAACUCUUAUCUCUUAUUUUAAAAGCCGAUGACUUGGAAAAUAUAACCCCAUAUUCAAUGAUGCGGUCGGCUAUCGAUAACAAACGUUACUCUAAACUUAAAGUAAUUUAAAAAUACUACAGUAAUGAUUCACUAUUGAAGUUAUUUUCACAAAUUGAUUGUUACCUAAAAAUUAUUCUCAAAUUAUAUUAUUAGAUAAAAAACAAAUUUGAAUUAAAUUUAAUAUAUAU